GCGUCCCCUAGUAACGGCGCGCACAGUACAGAAUCUCCGCCACAUUGUGGUCCCAGGUCCGUUCCCAGUCCACUUUCUUCAGGUCUCCGGUCCCGGUGCCGGCCAUGGCUUCUAAUGCUAGCGUCUUCCUCCUGAAUGUGAAUGGACAGAUAGAGAGCGGAGAGUUCCCGGAGUAUGAUGAUCUCUACUGCAAGUACUGCUACGUGUACGGACAUGACUGGGCGCCCACCUCCGGGGUGGAAGAAGGAAUUUCCCAAAUCGCUUCCAAGAACAGAACUGCGAACCAGAGCGUUGUGUGGAACUUCCCUGUGGAGAUCACCUUCAAAAGCACCAACCCGUACGGCUGGCCUCAGAUCGUGGUCAGCGUCUACGGACCGGACGUCUUUGGGAACGAUGUAGUGAGGGGCUACGGAGCAGUUCACCUCCCCUUUACUCCAGGCAGGCAUAAAAAGACGAUUCCCAUGUUUGUCCCAGAGUCUUCCUCCAGGCUUCAGAAGUUCACCAGCUGGCUCACAGGUCACCGUCCAGAAUUCACAGACCCGAAAGUUGUAGCUCAAGGGGAUGGUCGAGAAGUCACAAGGGUCCGUUCACAAGGAUUCCUCACCCUCUCCUUCAGCGUGGUGACCAAGGACCUGAAGAAACUCGGCUACACCACCAGUUCCAGCGAAGCUCCAAACUCAGUGGUAACCUCUAACCCGUAAUACCCAUGAUCUCCGGCCUGCGGCUCCCAUCAGGGGGGAGGGCAUGCUGAAUAUUCAGCGCAGGGCACACGCCGUCCAUCUGGAGAGGGAGGACUAUUAAUAUGCCGAUCUGAGCAGCGUCUCCUGCUGUUAAAUAUAAGCCGGCCAAAAGGUGAACCUCGGAAAGCAAAGCGAACCCUGUGCACCUGUGAGAUUCCAGCUCUUGAGUGCUGGUUUUAGCAAGAUUUGCAUUGUUUUUGUGUGCAAAGUGCAGUUCUCAGGGUCAGCACAUCCGAGGACGCUUUUCCCGCUCUCCGUGUUGUCCUAUUUCACCAAAACUACAAGUUAGAUCGGUGACCCCCCACUUAAAGGGAGACUCCACUUCUGAACUGAAGUCCAUCAAAAAUCUACAUGUAAGGUUGAGUAAGUUUCUAAAUAAUUGAUGUAUCUUUUACUGACUUUUGACUUGUACUCUAGUCCCACCCAAAGCUAAGUUUCAGAGACUGCUGGCUGUGGAAGGUCACAUGACUGUGAGGCAGAUCACAUGACCGGCAGCAGAGUGCAGAGAGACCUCGGGCCGUUUCUAAGGGCAACCAUCAGGGGUUUUUACACGUAUCUUUGAAUGUGAUUUGAGAUUAAUACAUAACUCAAUACUAGAUAGGUAGGGCAAAAUCUUAAAGGCUAUGGACAACUUUGGGAGCAUUUUUUUUUUUACUAUUGCAUUGUACAUAUUUUGAGCUAAAAAUAAUUUUUUCAAUUGGUCGUUAUUAAAAAAUGUCAGCCCUUUUGUCUGUACAGCCAUGAGAUUCUCUAGUACCAUGCUGUUUCCCGUCAAGAAGCUCAGCUGACGGCUGAACUCUUAUCUUACUAAGGGCUCAUUCAGACGGCCGUAUGCUGUCCACAAAAAUACUGAAUGCUAUCCUUUUUUUUGCGGAGCCGCAAAAAAACGGAUAGCA